GAGCAGAGAGGGUUAAGGGCCUUGCUCAAGGGCCCAACGGUGGCAGCUUGGCAGUGCUGGGGCUUGAACCCCUGACCUUCUGAUCAGUAACCCAGAGCCUUAACUGAAAAGCCACCAGGGGCAGGAGGAAACUAAAAAUGAACUGCAGGAGUGUAGCACAAAUAUCAUGUCUAGUGGAGCCAUGACUAAUUAUUAGUUCAGUUGAUUGAUUUAUAAAGCAUGUUUUAAACAUCAGAUGUUGAAACCAAAGCGCUGUACAAGAAACAUAAAACAGAAUUCUAACCAAUUAAGAGUAAACAAAAAACAAAGAUAAGACCAAUGAAAAGUUUAUACCCUCAAUUAUAACCUAAAACAUGCAAAUAAGUCUUCAACGAAGAUGUAAACACAGAAACGGAAGGGGAAGAUCUGAUGUGAAGAGGAAGACUAUUCCAAAGCCUAGGAGCAGCCACGGAGAAAGCCCGGUCCCCUUGCGCCUUAAAACGUGAAACGAGGAACCGAGAGCAGUAAUUGACUGGAUGACCGAAGGCGCCUUGAAGCAGUGUACGGGGUGAGAAGAUCACAAAUAUACUGUGGAGCAAGUCCAUGCAAAGCUUUAAAAACAAAAAGUUUAAAAAAUUUUAAAAUCAGAACAGAACUUGACCGGUAACCAGUGAAGAGAAGCGAGCACAGGUGUAAUUAUUACAAAAUAAAUGACAAAUAGGACUACUGAGCUGACUCUAUAGAUCUACCUAUAACUGUUUGUCUGUAUUACAUAACCACUGUUAUACCACACUGUUAUUUCCAGUCAUUUAUUCUCAUGUUUAUCUCAUAUUUUUGAUACUUCUUCUCCAGGUGACCCAUUUAACUGAAGAUGGGUGACUGGGACCUCCUCAGCCGGUUGCUAGACAAGGUUCAGAAACACUCAACGGUAGUCGGGAAGAUCUGGCUGACUGUGCUGUUUGUCUUCAGGAUACUCGUGCUUGGAGCCGGUGCUGAGAAAGUGUGGGGUGACGAGCAGUCCGAUUUCAUCUGCAACACACAGCAACCCGGCUGCGAAAACGUCUGCUACGAUCACGCGUUCCCAAUCUCCCACAUUCGCUUCUGGGUGCUGCAGAUCAUCUCGGUGUCCGCUCCUACUCUGGUCUACCUGGGCCAUGUCCUGCACGUCAUAAACGAGGAGAAGGGUAUGAGAGAAGCUAUGAAGAAGGCCCCGAAUGAUCAGGCCAACAUGUUCCAAAGUAAAGGCCUGAAACGUCCUAAAUACAGCAACGACAGUGGGAAAGUCAGCAUCCAAGGUCGUCUGCUGAGAAGCUACAUUUUGAAUUUGCUUUGCAAGAUCUUGCUGGAGGUUGGAUUUGUUUUAGGACAGUAUUACCUCUACGGCUUUACGCUUCAUGCUCAAUAUGUAUGUAGUCGCUUCCCGUGCCCUCACAAAGUCGACUGUUUUCUGUCAAGACCAACCGAGAAGAACAUUUUCAUUUGGUUUAUGCUAGUGGUGUCCUGCGUGUCAUUGCUGCUGAACCUCAUUGAGGUCUUCUACCUGUGUGUCAAGAAGGUCGGUGAGUGCCUGAACCGUAAGAGCAACUACAAUGUAACCUCUGUGACCCCGGUUUUGACCAAGAAGACUUUUGAAAACAAAGACCACAUGUUACAGAACUGGAUGAAACGUGAGCUUCACCUUCAGAAAAAGGAAGUCGCCAAUGAAGUUGGCAAGCAUGCAAUUUUGGAAGACCAAAACACCAAUGACGUGGAAGAGGUUCAUAUCUGAGCUUCGUAAACAGAAACUUUCUCAAGGCCAGCUGAUACAAAUAUCAGUGAUAUCAGUUUCGUCCAUGUUGCACAGUACACAAUAGGGCCAAAAGUAUGUGGACACCUGUCUAUCACAGCCCUAUGUGCUUGUUGAACAUCCCAUUCCAAAACCAUGGGCAUUAACAUGGAGUUGGUUCCCCUCCACCUUUGCUGCUAUAAUAACCUCCAUUCUUCUGGGAAGACUUUCCACUAGAUUUUUGAGUGUGGUUGUGGGAGUUUGUGCCCCAUACAUUCACAAGAGCAUUAGUGAGGUCGAGCACUGAUAUCAUGUGAGAAGGCCUGGAGCAGAGUCACUGUUUCAAUUCAUCACAAAGGUGUUCAUUCCAUCCAUCCAUUUUCUAUACCGCUUAUCCCUCAGGGUCACGGGCACUAUCACAUACACAGUCACACACCCAGUCAUACGCUACGGACACUUUGGACAUGCCAAACAGCCUACCAUGCAUGUCUUUGGUCUGGGGGAGGAAACCCAGAGUAUCCGUAGUAAAGCUCAGGAGAACAUGCAAACCACAGGGAGAACAUGCAAGCUCCACACACACAGGGCAGUGGUGGGAAUCGAAACCCCAACCCUGGCAGUGUGAGGCAAACUUUCUAACCACUUAGCCAACAUGUGCCCCCAAAGGUGUUCAGUGGGGUUAAAAUCAGGGCUCUUUGCAGGUCACUCACAUUCUUCCACUCCAAUCUUGGCAAACCAUGUCUUCAUGGAGCUGGCUUUGUGCACAGGAACAUUGUCAUGCUGGAACAGGUUUUGGCCUCUUAGUUCCAGUAAUACUACAGAAUGCAGAGGCAACAGUUUGAAGAAGACCCACAUAUGGUUGUGAUGGCCAGGUGUCCACAUACUUUUGAUCAUAUAAUGUAUUUACAUUACACCAUCCCAUUAUUGAUGCCCACAAGUGGUUUCCUCCUUACUUAAAUUACAAAACGUUCAUUUCUGUAAUGUUUUUUUUUUUUUUUUAUAAAGAUGGGGAUCAGCUUUGA